AUGUACGCAGGUCUCUUUAAGAAGCGGCCACGUGAAGCCGAUGCAGCUUCCCAUGGGAACGCACCGAAAGACAGUGGGGAGGCAUCGAGCGGGGCCGCCGGCAUCCCGUCAACCACGCUGUCUCCCCGCACUGUGUACCACUAUCCCUCGAUGCUGCCAUUCCCAACGGUGAUGGAUUCUGAAUUCCCCGCUGAGUCGUAUCGUUCCCGCAGCAAGGACGUAAAGGCGGCUAUUCAUUGGGGCCAGCGGAAACUCUUACUUUCUGAGAUUCAGCUCCUCUCCCUAUAUGCUCGGCCGAAUGUGUCUUAUCACAUUGUGUACGCAGGGUCAGCCCCUGGAACUCAUCUUGCAUUUCUUGACGAACUGUUUCAGAGUCGACACACCUGGGAACUUGUGGAUCCGGGAAGAUUUGAUCGGCCCGUGCUGGAGUCACGACCGAAUUUUUAUCUUCGUAACGAAUUUUUCACAAACGUGACAGCCUAUGGCAUUAAUGCGCGCCGUCUUUUGGAGGUGCUUCCUGGGCUGGGAACCGUUUACCGUUGUGUCGCCGUGGACGGUGCGUGGUCAACAAAGAAAGAAAUCCACCAAAAGCUUCAGAGCAUCGUUGGAACGAUUGAUGUGGCCCGUGGCACGGAGGAUAUCCCAUCCAUGUACGAACCGCGGUUGGAUCUUCCCUUUGGCUUUGAGCUUCUUUGCUACGUUGGUAUGGAGCGAAGCAAGCCGCUGAUGUUUGUCUCCGAUAUCCGUUCUGGGAGCGUCAACCUCCCCAACUUUGAGGAUCAUGUGGCGGAGAAUAUGCGGGCGCAAGAGUGUUGGUGCCAAAUUCUUCAGGGUGAGUACAGCAUGCUGAAGUUCCGAUUGCCGUACACACAUAAAAAAAUUGGAUUUGGUGACAUUAGUCGUAAGGUAAAUUCGAGUUUGAUAGGCCCCGAUGGCACUGUGAAUUAUCUGCGUGGAGACAUCCUUCUCCCCAUUUGGACCCGUCCGACAAGCACAGAAGGGCGUCUGGUGGUCCCACGGGGAGCCCAUCGGGUGCCGUACAAAGUCGCUCAAGUAGAGAAUUGCUUUUUCUUCUUUAAUGCACGUGUGCGGGAACAGGUGCAUUUUAACCACAUUCUCUUGCCAGACGAGAACCUUGACCAUCACUACGAUGCGGCAGCGGAAGUAAAUUGCCUCCUCAAAUAUCUGCAAUUUUUACACCCGGAACUGAGGGAGGCCUCGGCGGCUGUCUUGCGUCGCGAGGUCAAACAUAUCUCAACUUCUAUCACCGCGCAUCUGCGUGUCAAUUUUCAGGACGUUGUUCGUCGUCGAGAGUAUCUUGUGUUGAAGCAGGCGCGUAGUGGACAAAGCGAAGAAGAAGGCGAUGAAAGUGACAAUGAGGCGGUUGAUGCCGACACAGCGCCCAACUGUGGGGCCCAGCUUGGCUCUUCAUGGGAAACAUUUGCGAAGGAAAUCAUUCAGGCAGCCUCAAAGGAGCGAGCACGCGUUGUGUGGAGGCGAAAUGUGGAAGAGACGGAGUCGGAUGUUCGUAGUGGUUUUUGGGUGACAACCAUCAUGCGGCAGUAA